AUGAUUGGCGGUACCCAUGCGCAGUAUCCCCUCCACUCUGCGGUCAAAGACAAAGACUCAUCGCGCGAGCUGUAUGUACGCGUGAGUUCUCGCCGCCGCCGCCUCGCCCCACCACCGCCCGCACCACCCGCUCGCUCACUCAGUCGCUGCGCGCCGCACGGCACAUCUUUGUUCAAGAAAAUGUCAAAGAAACGAAAGUAUGACGAGUCUUAUGUUAACUUUGGGUUUACUUUCGUGACUGAACGUGAUGGAACUCAAAAACCGCAGUGCUUUUUAUGCGGAAAAGUGCUUGCUAAUGGAAGUAUGAAACCAGCAAAGUUGUCAGAACAUCUUAAAACUGUCCACCCUGGAAAUGUAUGUGACAGCAUUGAUGACUUUCGUACUAAGAAGGCUCGGUUUGAAAAAGCCGGCACUUUACCUAAAUUAGGAUUCACCCCGACACAAAAACCAUGUCUUGAGGCAUCGUACAAGGUUGCUUACCGUAUUGCUCAGCAAAAGAAGCCACAUACUAUCGCGGAAACAUUAGUGAAGCCUUGCGCACUGGAUAUUGUGGAACUUGUGUGUGGUAAGAAAUGA